ACCCCCAACGGCUCUCUAGCUCGCCUCGCCUCGCCUCCUCCCCUAUCCGCGGCGGCGAUCUAGGGUUUGGUUCCCGGUCACCGGCGCGGCCCGCCUGUCUCGCCAUGGAGGCGCUGUCGCUCAUCGACGUCUCCGCCGAGGAUGAUCUCCUCGACCUCGCCUCCCCGCCCAUGCCCCCGCCCCCCUCGCUCCGUCCCGAUCCGCCACACGCAGGCUGUCCUCCAGCGGCGGCGGGCGGUGCUGUGGAUCCCGACGGUAUGAUGGAGGAGCAGGCCCCCCAGCGGACGGAGUCUCCGAAGCAGCGGAAGGCCAAGACGGGAGCGAACCUUCGCAAGAGCUUGGCUUGGGACAGCGCCUUUUUUACCAGUGAAGGUGUUCUGGAUACCGAGGAAUUGGCCAUUGUAAACAGCACCUUCCGCAAGACACAGGGUUCCAGGCUGCCUGGAAUCAUGGAGGAAAUGAGAGGAUCGGGGGAGUCGACAACCUCAACUCUGGAAAGCGAAAGCUGGGCUAUGGAAAGCCUUGAGGCCAAGCUGUUUGACAAUGUCCGUGCUUCGAUCCAGAGAUCACUUGGCAAACCUAAUAAAGUUCCAGGUGGCCCUCCUACUAGCUCAAAACCCCCAAAGGUCACAGCAAAUGCACCUCGUGUUGCAGCAAGGAAGGGAGUUGAUCGGAUGCCUCAGACUAAGAUGAGGGCUCCUUUUUUAACAAGCCAAGGAGUUGUUGGUGGUAAACAAAGGCCCCAAGUCACCUCAAAAGAGCCUACAGCUGCAAGAGUGACUUUGCCAGGAGCUGCAGAAGCAAAACCAUCCUCAAAACCUCCGAGGGCUCUGCCAAGAGUUGCUACAAUGAGGCCAUCAACUAACACAGCUAUCACAUCUGGGAUUUCAGGCAAAAGAAGCAGCACUGGGGGUGUAGUAAACAGACAGGCAGUUGGGAAUUCUGCCAAUACUCCAGCUAACAUGCGACCUAGUGUGGUAACAAAGUCCAGUUCAAUCUCGAAAUCAGGUGCCUUCCAUGGUAUUUCGAUGGAUACUAAGCCAGAUGCAAAAAUAAAAUCAGCAACCCUAGGCAACAAUAAUAGGACAGCUCAGAGGGUCCCUGUUCGUUCAUCGUCAAGAUCUGAUAUAACUAAAACUAACCCAUCAAGAUCAUCAGGAAACAAGAUCCCAGCUAGGGGUCAUGGUGACCGUGCAUCGCCUAGCAUUUCACCUAGCAGCUCUAUUGACAGCAUGAGCUCUGUGAUUUCUGGGGCUUCAACAGCUUCCACUGUAGGGAAGAUGAGCCAUACAUCCGAUAGUUUGAAUACACUGUCUACUUCAUUGUCCCCUUCCCUCAGAAAGAGCAAUGAUGGCCCACCAACCACAAAGCGAGAGUCUUCAGGAACAGCAGCAUCUGGGGAUAAUUCAAAAGCGACUGCAGACACAACCAGCCAGGGAAAAGGUUUUAAGCCAUCGGGGUUGCGAAGGCCUACACCCAAGAUAGGAUAUUUUGAUGCUGAGAAAUUCAUUGACCAAAACAUUGGUGCACAAGUGCAACUGCAAUCCAUGAAUAUCCAGUGUUCGCUACCUGCCACACCGAAAUCUCAGCCAUCUUCUACUCAGAUCACUUAUGCCGCAUCAUCUACCUUUGGUCAACAAGAAUCAAAAUCUACUGCAGCACCUCAUGAGGAAAGCAGUGCUUCCAAAAGUAAGGCAGCAAAUGAGGUGCAUCUCAAAGUUGCAGAAAUGGAAGUAGAACCUUUUAAGGUGUCCGAACCUGAAGCGUGCACGCGCCAGACCGGCCCAGUGGUGGCCGAAACUGAAGCUGAAAAAUCCAUCGCCCAAAACAUUGGUGCACAGGUGCAACUGCAACCCAUGAAGAUCCAGUGUUCGCUUCCUGCCACACCGAACACUCAGCCAUCUUCUACUCGGACCAUGAACUCUGCAUCAUCUACCUUUGUUCAACAAGAAUCAAAACCUACAGCAGCACUUUCUGAGGAAACCAGUGCUUCCAAAAGUAAGGCAUCAAAGGCGGUGCCUCUCAAAGUUGCACAAAUGGAAUUAGAACCUCUUAACGUGGUCGAACAUGAAGCGUGCGCGCACCAGACUGGGCCAAUGGUGGCUACUAACACUGCAAAGGAGAACAUUCCAGCCCUGCACCAGAAUAUCCAGGCUAAUGUUGAUGCAACUUCAUCAGCAGUUGAUCUGUUGACCCAGAAGCUAUCCUCCAUUUCCAUUGGGGAGACGACGCCUGGCCUGGCGUCCUGAUCUGGCAGAGAAUGAGUUUCGCAUAUGGUAUGCCGCUGGUUGUUUCUGUUUACACACUUGUCACCGGAAGGCAACCGCAGCUGUCGACCCCAAUUGCCUUCUCUGGCAUGUGCUGUUUCCGCUGUUGAGAUCAUUACAAAGUGUAAAAAUCCUUGAGCACAGGGCAUGGUAAAACUGCGAUGUUGUAUUGUAACACUAAGACCCUGGUGUGUCUCCAUUGCAGACCUGGAAAGUAAAAGCUUAUAUGGUUUC